AUGGGAAACUGCUGUGGAGAUAAAAACUCAGGAACAUCUAACUCUACAUUAAUCAUAAAUGCACAAUGUUAGAAAAUAUAUCAAUUAGAAUCUAUAGAUCUCUAAAACAAUGAUCAAGUUUUUAAAUAUUGUGAAGAGUUAAAAAAUUUAUCGCAUGUUAACGUUAAGUAAAUAAGCUCAUUUAAUGUGAUAAAUGGGUAAUUAUAUAUAUCUACUCAUCUCAACCAAGAAACUGAUUUAGCUAAAUACAUGGAUUCUAGAAAAAAUAGCAUAUUACCAAGCUAGAUAGCCAAAUUUAUUAUUAGAUAAGUAUGUUAGGGUCUGUAGUAUCUCCAUAGAAAGGAAAUAGUGCAUGGAGAUUUGAAUUUGAAGAAUAUCGAAAUCAAUCCAGCAAAUAAUGAGAUUUAAUUAAUGAAUAUGAGUCUCCCAUCAAAGUUCUAGCUAAAAUUAAUAAAGAAUCCAUAUCAAAUGUAAGAAUUCGAAUCUCCAGAAUAGAAAUAAGAAGAAAACAUUUCAUAUUCUUCUGAUUUAUAUUCUUUAGGCGUUUUAGCAUUGAGUUUAUAUGGGGUUAGUUUCUAAAGCACUUUAAAAAUAUCAAAACCUGUUCAUUGCCCUUUCGGAUUAUAUGAAAAAUUAAAAGCAUUGAUAAAUCAAAACCCUGAUUCAAGACCUCCUAUAGAUGAUAUAAUUGAAGCUUUAGAUUUCGAAACCAACCCAGAAAGUAUACAGAACAUAGAUUAGGUGGAUAAAGAAAAACAAAACACAAGUAAAAAUAGUAAACCGAUUGAGUAAAACGAAGAUUAACUCAGUCUUUAAUCGCAAAAAUAAAAAGAUUAAUAAACUAUACAUGAAACAAAUAUAAAUGCAGUAAUUGCAAGCUAAAAAGAUAACUAGUCCUCUGUUAAUAAUAUCUAAUUAUAGUAAAAAUCAUAGAAUAUUAUAGAAUUGCAAAAUAAUACUUCCUAAUAAAUAGAAAAAGCAGUUAAUAUUGAGCAUAAACCAAUAUCAGAAAAGAUAAUUCUCUAAAAAGUUAGUGAAAAAAUAGAGUAUGAUUUUAACCCUUACAAAUUAAAGCAAACCAAAGACUAAAGUUAUAAAAAUCCAAUGAAAACUUUACAUUAUUAUCAAGAUCAUGAAUCUUUAAUUACAUCGAUUGCAAGUGACAGUACUCAUAAUUAUAUUUUUACUUCUAGUCUUGAUGGUUCUGUAAUCGUUUACUAGUUUGAUUAAAAUUAAAAAUAGCUCAAACAACAUAAAAAAUUAUCAGAUUUUGUUUAUGGAGUUUCUUAAGUGAAAGUAACAGCUGACAAUAACUAUUUAAUUGCCUCUGAUCUAUCUUCCAAUAUAUAUAUUUAUAGUUUAAAAGAUUUUAAACUAUUCAAAAAGCUAACUAAUUUGUUUGAAAAAAGUUGCAUACUAUCAAUUGAUAUCUCUGAAGAUAAUCAAUAAUUGCUGAUUUCAGCAACAUAUAAAAAGACACUUUUAUGUAAUCUUAAAAACUUUGAAAUUAGUAAAUAGUAAAACAUUGAAGGAUUAAGCAGUAAUGGCCAAAUUUGUAGAUUCUUCUAAAAGUAUAUUAUAAUAGGAGAGGAAAGUGGUAAAAUACUUGCAUACAAUUAAGAUAACUUGAUAACUCCUAUUAAGGAAUUUAACUACCAUAAUAAUGCUAUUACAUAGAUAUCUAUUGGAGCUAACUAUUUUGCAGUCUCUAGCUAAGAUAAAAAUAUAUCAAUAUUUGAUGAAUAACUUAAUAAAAUUUAGAGUAUAAGUACUCAUCUUGAUUGUGUUGCUAAUGUAUUUAUAGAUAAGGACUGUAAUUCCCUCACUUCUAAUGGUUGGGAUGGAAGUACAUGUUUAUUUUUAAAAAAUUCCAAUGGUUAAUUUGAACUUCAAAGCUGUUUUUCAAACGAAACUAGUUGGUCAGUAAGCAGCAUUUACAUUAAAAAAAAUAACCUAAUAAUAUCAAGCGGAGGACGCUUCUUAUUUAUAUUUUCUUGA